CCGCGAAUGGCCUCUCGCUCGGGGGAUGUCAUCGAAGUGCAGGGACCUGCCGCAAGUGGAAAGACGCACUUCUUGUAUCAUAUGAUUCUCACCUGUCUCUUGCCUUCUCAACAUCACCACGCCUCCCUCUCCGGCUGGGCCAAAGCCGCCGUAGUCCUCGACACCGACGGCACCUUUAACGUUUCAAGGCUCCACGAGCUCCUGAGCUCGCGUAUUCGACGCUUACUGAGGACGAUAGACAAUGCAGUGAGCGAAGACGAGGUCACAAGUAUGGCUACUCAGUGUCUGGAACGACUCCUCGUGCUCCGGCCGACUUCGUCUGUCCAGCUGGCUAUCACCAUUCUUAACCUUCACAACAUCUUGACAAGUGACGCUCGGCUAUGUGAAACAGAAUUGGGUCUGGUCGCCAUCGAUUCUCUGAGCGCGUUUUAUUGGCGCGAUAGAUUUGCCCUUGAACAGCUUCGAAACUCUUCCGAUCGCUCAUCGGAAGCUGCUCUACCGUCCAACCCUACCCACCACAUCGUUAACGCGUUGCAUCAAUUCAGGCGUGCCCACCGUCCAGUCAUCUUACUCUCUAACUGGGGCCUCAACUCCGUCUCAAAGCCGACUACCGCCGACGGACUUGUAUCACCGUUCUACCGGCAGCAUCUACACCCCUUCCCCGCACCCUUUGAUUCUCCUCAUGGCGCAGCGGAAGUACUUUCCAACAUUAGCACUCAGCGGCGGCCGUACAGCGGAAACAACCAAGUCCUCGGUACCGCGUUCCAGCACUCGGACCAGGGCUUGCCGAUACAUCAUCACAUCACUCUCCAGCGAUCUCCCGUUGAUCCCUUUCCGGCGUCCUAUUCACUAGCGGACGCUUCUGCACAGGACCACAUGCGGGCGAAGCUAGUCGAGAGAGCGGAAAUUAAAGGUUUUGUCAGAACGCCCGGCAGCACCGAUAUCGGGACGUUCGUAUUCCGUGUCGGCCUUCAUGAAAUUCUUUUGAACGAUGACCAACCCCGGUCGGAAUUACGGAGCGACCAUGAGGUUUUGGAGAGCCAGGAUGAUGGAUGA